UGAUUUUCGUUGAGAAUGUAGCAUGAGAAACUUUGAAAAAUAAAUAAACGAAUUUUUGAAAAAGAUUGAAUUCGUCCGGCCAAAUUGAAUUUUGAUGCCAUCUUCAUUUAAGGGCUAACACAAAACACGAAUUUCACCUUUUUAACUUUUCAGAUAGGAAGCGAGCUAAUAAAAGCUCACAGAUGUGUUUUAAGUGAAAACAGUGAAGUUUUCAAUGCCAUGUUUGAUCAAAACGAAAUGCUGGAAGCCCAAACUGGAAUUGUAAAAAUUAGUGAUUGCUCUUCAGAAACUUUUAAAGGAAUGUUGGAAUUUUGUUAUACUGGCAAUGUUUCCAAAUCUACGAUGGAAGGCUUAUGUGUUGAUUUAUUUGCAAUUUCCCACAAAUAUCAAAUUACCAAUUUAAAAAUUAAAUGCGAACAAUUUAUGGCAUCAACAAUUGAUAAGGAUAAUUUUGUACAAUAUUGUCGAAUUAUUGAACUUUAUGGUUCUUCAAUUUUGGAAGAGGCUUGUAUUAAAUAUAUUGUGGCAAACAGGGAAGAAUUUUUAAAGAAAGAUGAAGGAUGGAAGAAUUUAACAUCUAAUUUCCCUGGUUUAACAAAUCGUUUAUUGGAGGCAGUCAUUGCAGAAAUUGAUAAAUGGUUAAUUUUUUGAAUUUAAAAAAUUGGUUUUUUGUUCAAACUGAGGAAGAACUGAUAUUUUUGAUUUUUUUUUGGCUUUUUUCAAGGCCUUUGGCCCGUUAAAAACUUGGACGAUUUUUUCGGAGUCUUUUAAAAAAUUACUUUCCUUGUGUU